AUGCAGCCGCCGAACGUGCCGCCGCAGCAGCAGCUGCACCAGCAACAGCAGCCCGUGAUGUGUGCGGGGGCUCCCUACGGGCAACCCUCCGCGCCUCAUCAGCAACAGCUGCCACCACAGCAGUUACCCCAACAGCAUCAGCAGUCAAUGCCGCCCCAGCAGCAGCAGCAGCAGCAGCCUCCGGCUCCUGCUCCGAGCCCACCGCCUGGUUUUCCCGCUGCAGCGACACCUCGGUUUCUGUUUAAUUUAAGUGCUGCUGCUUUCACGCUGCAUACACAAACCCAGAGAGGCCCUCCCCCGACUCCGCAACAGUUGCAGCAGCUGAUUUAUCCGCCAGAGCCAGUUAUGUUGUGUGUGUUGGGCUCGUUUACACGGAACAAAACAGUGGGGAAAUCUGUUAUCCUGGCACGCGCCUUCCGUCCUUUAGAGGGAGACUUUUCCCACCUCGUGCCGCAGCUACUCACUUCCUGCCCUGAAGUUGCACUUCCUGCUUUCCCCCCGCAGUCUUACGCACAGAAUCAAGGAGACCGACAGCAACAGCAGCAGCAACAGCAGCAACAGCAGCAGCAACAGCAACCGCAACAAUUGCAGCAUGGGCAGAUGCCGCAACAUUCUAUGCCAUAUGGGGCCCCGCAGCAAUCGCUGCAGCAACAACAGCAGCAGCCACCGUAUCUGCAACAGCAGCAGCCACAGCCGUACGGCCAGCAUAUACCGUACGCUCAACAGGAGCAGCUACUGCACCCGCAGCAGCAGCAGCCGCCAUAUGGACAACAGCAACAGUCAUACGGGCAAGCACCGCCGCCACAACAGCAGCAGCAGCAGCAGCAGCAGCCCAUGAAUCCCUAUUUGCCGCCGCAACAACAGCAGCAGCGACAGUUGCCACCCCAGCAGCAGCCUCAACAACAUCAGCAGGUGUAUGGACCGCCACCUACAGCUUACCAGCAGCCCUUGCAGCAACAACAGCAGCAGGGAGAGGGAGACACGUACGGCCCGGUACGUGGAGCGACACACGGCACUGUCCAAAGGGCCCUGCCGUAUGGCCAGCCUGCCACUGCUGCAAGUGUUGCUGCUGCGGGUCGUGCGCCUGGUGAUGCAUUCGUGGCUAUCAAGGAUCUCUCUGCGUAUAUCACGAGAUGGACUAUACGGGGGAGAGUAGAUGCAAAAGGGGAAUUGCGCUCUUUUACAAACGCAAGAGGCCCGGGGCAAGUGUUCAGCCUCGAGAUCAGGGACAAAGAUGGUGUAAUUAGGGCAUCAUUUUUUGGUGCUGCAGCAGAGCGGUUCUAUGCGCAGCUGGAGGAGGGCAAAGUAUAUUCGUUCAAGGGUGGGCACGUGAAGCCGAAGAAUGAGCGAUUCAACAAAACGCCCCACCCAUACGAACUGACAUUCGAUGAGAAAGCAGUAAUAACCGAGAUACAAGAAACACGAGAUAUACCUUUUGUUGCUACUCCUCUGGUAACCAUAAAGUCUCUGGAGGCCGCGGAAGUUGGGUCCGUUGUUUCUGUCAUUGGGGUUGUUCAUGACUUCAAGGACGUACAAACCAUCACACUCAGAGCUUCGGGGCAGCAGAAGGAAAAGAGAGACAUACACCUGGUAGAUGAGGACGGUGUUUCUGUCUGCCUUACGCUAUGGGGGCCCCGCGUUCAUUGUCUAAGCCCUGAGCAGUUCGCCAGCAAGCCCAUUGUUUUAGUCAGAAACGCGAAGGUGGGAGAAUGGGGAGGCAAGAAGCUGGAGUGGCAAAGCAGCACAAGACUUGACACUGCUGUAGAUACCCCUGAGGCAAAGAGACUUGCCCAGUGGUGGGCUCAGACAGGCAGCAGCUGCAGCAGCUUCCCUGCUCUCGCGGGCGGCCUCGGCGGCCCUGGUAGAAAUGAGCCACUCAAAACUUUAGACAGAAUAUCUCAAGAAGCAGCACAGGCAGACCCGGCGCUUUUGUCUGAGAAGGGCCUUUUCUUUUCUACCAUCGCCACCAUCGAGCGAAUUGCGGACGACAGGUUCUCAUGGCCGGCAUGCCCAGACUGUCGGAAGAAGAUGCAGCAGAUGCAAGAAGGUGACCCCUCUAGCAUGUGGCAGUGCAGCAGCUGCAGCAAGCAAUGUAACGAGCCUGUGCAGACAUAUCUGCUGAAUAUUACAUUAGCAGACUGCAGCGGGAGCAUUCGGGUUUCGGUCAUAGGGGAGAAAGCUGAAGUGCUUAUGGGCCCCAUCAAGGCAGCGCAGCUUAGGGACAUGCAAAUCCAGCAGAGCCUCGACAACAGGGGACGCAGCUUCAAUGAUGUAUUCGCAGACGCGUCCCUCACCGCUGGGGAUAAGGGUUACUCGGAAAGGCAUGGGGGCUUCGAUUGCGGGGUUGUUGUGGGAUCUGCAUUUGGUGUUCAGGAGUGGCUGUUGAAGUUGCGAGCUGCAUCUGAGACAUAUCUGGACGAAAGCAGAAUUAAGUUUCGAGUCAUUGCUGCAGAGCCGCUGCAGCAGAGACUGAAGGAAGCGACCAGCGAAAACAUAAGCAUCACAGAGCGCAUACUUAACAGCAAGCUAAAGUCCUAA